AUGGAAGCUGGAAUGAACGAUAAGGGUAAAGGUGUUCCAGUUGAAGAUGUUCAAGUGACUAAAAGGCAGAUUGUUCUGAAUGAGCCGAAAAAAGUUCUAGAUCCUUGUCCGAUAACUUCAGUAUCUGGUGAGAUUAACGACAAUGAUGAAGAUGAUGAAGAAGACGAAGAUAAUAAUCUAAAAGAUGAUGCAGAUGAAGUAUAUUCUGUUCAUAGUGAUGAUGAUGAAGAUGAUGAUGGAAAUGAUGAUGUUGAUCAAGGUAAUAUUGGUAUAAAAGUAACUGAAGCGUCACAAGAAGAGAAUAUUGAUGAAUAUCUUCAAGAUGAUGCAAACGAAGAACCAAAAAAUGCAGGAGGAAAGGGGGAGCAUGAUGAUGCUGAAAAGGUUGAUGAGGAUGUUGAAAAAGGUACAGGUUUGAUUCUACAUCUUGAACAUGACGUAGAGGAAGGUGAGAUAUUGCAUACUUACAAUCGAGCUGAGAUCAUUAAGAUGAUGCAUGUUGAAGAUGAUGAUUUUAACUUCGAUUUUGAAAAGGAUUUGAAUGAAUUUGACAUCAAUCAGCAACCUGAAUAUCAGUACAAGUACGUUGAAGAAGCUGAUAAUUAUGAAAAAGUGGAAAUAGAAGACUGGAGUGACGAAGAUCAGUAUGAGAAUGUUCAUGUUGAUACUUCUAGCUUUCCAACUCUAGCUGAGUUUUUCAGUCAAGCAAAUGAAGAUGAAUUGAGAAGAAAAGUUGCUGAAAGUGUUAAAAGUAAAAUUUUUCAAGAAAUGUCGAAAGAAGAACAAAGCUAA